AUGUCGUGGACAUGGAGGAGCCAGCGGUGCUGCCUGCUGCUGCUGCUGACACAGCGACGCCGGGAGGGCGAUGCCGCAAACGAUUGGCAGAUAGAGCAUUCGCUCUGGGAGGGCGACGCCGCAAAGAAGCCUGUGCACGUCCCCGAGGAACACGGGACAAAGGCAGCCGAGCAGGAGGCCGUCGCCGCCGCCUGCCCCCGUCGACCGACCAUCGCGGGCGACGACGACGGCAUUCGCACAUUGCCCGCCCAGACGGUGUACUUUGAUUCUUUUUGUGCUGUUGCGGUCACCGUACACCAUAGUACCGUGUAA